GUAUUUUCUAUUAAUAAAAGUACACAAUUAGGAAACUAUAAAUAAAUUCUUAACCAUUUGCAUAAUUGCCAACCAAGUUGGCCCUGAACAACACAAUAAAUAUACAUGUAAAACAUUUAUAUGCUUGUGUGUGUGUGGAAUGCUCUCUAGCCUAAAAUGUUGCCCCCUAAGAUGCCAAGUCGUCGGCGUUUCUCCAUACAAAUGAACAAGGAGCUGAGGGAUGUGUUGCAACCGAUUCAUGUGCGGGCUUUUCACUUUCUACAACGCAACUUGGGCUCUGGGCUAUCCUAUAAUUCGCACAUUGAACACGUCGUGGAACAUCCAAUUACCGAUAUGGAAGCGUUUAUUAAUCUGCUCAAAUGCGCUCUUGGCACGGGUUGUCUGGCCAUGCCCAGAGCAUACUAUAAUGCUGGCUGGUUGCUCGGCUUGAUUAGCACAAUUCUGCUCGGCUCCUUUGUGGUUUAUGCCAUGCACGUGCUGCUCAAUGAUAUCAACUUGCUGUGCAAACGUCACAAGUUCUCGACACUCAACUACAGCGAGACCAUGGAACUCGCAGUUCUCAAUGGACCACAGUGGCUGCAGCCUCUUGGCAAAUUGCUAGCCUGCCAAGUGGAUGUCUUUCUUUGUGUCUAUCACUUUGGCGUAGAUUGUGUGUACGUUGUGUUUGUGGCCAAGAGCGUCAAGGAAUUGGGAGACAUUUAUUUGCGGCCCAUUGACAUACGUUUCUAUAUGGCGCUGCUCACGCUGCCGCUUCUGUUGACCUUUCUCAUAAGAGAUCUGAAGUAUCUUGUACCCUUUGCGAUAGUUUCAAAUAUGCUAAUGCUGACAAGCUUUGCAAUCAUUUGUAGCUACAUAUUCUGCAAUUUGCCAAGUCUGGAAGAACGUCGAGCUGUUCAGGUGUGGACACAUUAUCCCCUCGUCUUUGGCACAAUAUUAUUUGCCAUUGAAUCUGUUGGCAUGAUCCUCACGCUGCGAAUGAACAUGCAAAAGCCUGAACAUUAUUUGGGCACCUUUGGCAUACUCAAUCGGGCCAUGUUCAUUGUGAUUGCGUUUUAUGCAGCCUUUGGCUUUUUCGGCUAUUGGCAGUAUGGCGAUGCCACCGCCAGUUCAAUACUUAACAAUCUGCCCAUCAAUGAAAUACUGCCUCAAUGUGUUAGAGCCAUGCUGGCAUUGGCCAUCUUUUUCAGCUAUGCCCUCCAGGGCUACGUUGCGAUCGAGAUAAUCUGGCGCAACUAUAUGCUGCCUCGAUUGGUUGAUAAUGCAACCCGAUCGCUUGAGUAUCUGGUGCGCAUGGCCAUGGUGAUUGCAUCUGUGCUUUGUGCCAUCGCCUAUCCGGACUUUGGAUUGCUGCUUUCGCUGGUUGGCUCCUUUUGUCUAGCUCAAGUGGGUCUCAUCUAUCCGGGCAUUAUCAAUCUCUGUGUCUGCUACGAUCAGGGCUAUGGUCGCUUUAAGCUUCUAUUCUUCCGUUCAUUGGCAUUCAUCGUUGUGGGUUUGGGUGGCGGCAUUGCAGGCACUGUAACCUCAUUGGCAUUAAUGCGAGAACAGCUAAAAGACAUCGACAACUGAGAA